UCCUCUCGGCCGCUCUCUCGUCAGUGGUUGGACUAAAGUGUUACCAGGGAAGCGACGCGACGGAGAGUGCGUUCGCUUGCAUUAAGCAGAAAGAAAAUGAAGCCGCGGCGGAGCUUUGAGCAGCAGCACCUGCAUAGGACUGGGCGGUGGUGGCUCGACAGCUCGGAUGAAUGAGCGGACCACCAGCAUAAUGACGGAAAUCAUGAAAAAAGUGAGUGCUGGCCAAGAUGAUAACACAUUUCAGCUACUACCAGAGCUGGCAUCUGUUUGAAAGGCUUUCUCUGCUGCUUGUGUUUUCAUUGAUUGCAUACUUUGGCACUCAGGAAAAGUAAUGAAUAUUUAACACUGGACUCUGUGGAUUAUAAAUGAUUCAGUGAACUUCUGAGACUUCCUCAGAUGUCAUGGAGCUGUUCAGUUGCUACUCGAAGGUGGCAGCCUCAUAAUCCAUGAUGUAACUGCCUGAUAUUUUGUUGAUCAGAACAGUGGCUGUAUUGUUUUAUUGAAAUAAGCGUCGGUUUAGGGAUGAGAAUGAACUGUUAUAAUGGUGUCCCGCUCCAGCAUCUGGGGGAUAUAAGUUCUCAAGAGGAAAAGGAUUCAGGGAGUUUGGAGUCCAAGGAGAUAAGGCAGCUGGAGCUGGAGGCACCUACUUUGAGUAAUGAGGAAUUUGGUUGUGAAAAUUUUCUAAAUGACACUUUAAGAUUCCCCCCAGAUGAAGUUGGACAAGGAGCACUUGGAAGUCCUGUCUUACCAAGAUUGCCUCUUAUGCCCAAGCCUCCCGAACACCCCCGACUACAAAGAGCUUCUUCCCUAGAGGAAAAAACUAGAAGAAGGAAAUUUAAGAGCAACCAAGAUACUUUGGUUAGUACUAAAGGGACUGGUUCAUCUUCUGCUGAAUCAAUUCCCAGUGACCUUACAGGCCUCCAAAUUAGAAACAGCACCCCUAACAUUCAAGGCCGACUGGGUAAUUGGCUUACCUCUCAUGCUGCUGACUCAAGAAAUAUACAGGAGCUGGGUUAUAGUCUUAGAAAGGAUGACAGAGAUCGUACAGAUCCUACAGUGGCACUUGAACCCAAACAAGGCUUGGCUGGGAAACCUUAUAAAAAAAAGCUGUCUCCUCUUCCGCCUGCUGGUCCACUCCCUGCUGUGGAAAUCAAUGUGGCAUCUACAGCCUUAAGAACAUCUAAUAGGAUAGAUCAGGAUUGUGUGGAUUAUGGCCUGGCAGCUCACAGUAUUCUCCAAAGACAGAGCAGCAACCUUAGUGACAGCCGCCUUCUUGAUGGUUUGGUGUCGGACACCUGUUCCACCAGCUCCAUGAAGUCCACUCUCAGUGUACUGAAUCCUAUACGAUCUAAAGACAUGCGAGACAGGAGUUUUCUGGAGGGCAGUCUUCUGAGUCGAGGUGCAUUAUUGGGGGCUGAAGAGCUGGAUCGAUACUUUCCUGAUCGGCAAGUGGGAAUUUAUAUUGUCACUUGGAACAUGCAAGGAAAGAAAGAAAUUCCUGAAAAUCUGGAUGAUCUUCUCUUACCCACAGACAAUGAUUUUGCACAAGACUUUUAUGUUAUUGGGAUCCAAGAAGGUUGUUCAGACAGAGGAGAAUGGGAAAUUCGUCUCCAAGAAACGCUAGGCCCUUACUAUGUCAUGCUGUACACUGCUGCCCAUGGAGUGCUUUACAUGACACUGUUCAUUAGGAGAGACCUUAUCUGGUUUUGUUCAGAAGUAGAACAUGCAACCGUUACAACACGGAUCAUCUCUCAGAUCAAAACUAAAGGAGCCAUUGGAAUUGGCUUCACCUUUUUUGGUACAUCGUUCCUGUUUAUCACUUCUCAUUUCACGUCCGGAGACUCAAAGGUGUAUGAAAGAAUUCUGGACUACAACAAGAUCAUAGAAGCUUUAACUCUUCCCAGAAUUCUUCCUGAUACAAAUCCUUAUCGAUCCUGUAACUCUGAUGUCACAUCCCGUUAUGAUGAGGUGUUCUGGUUUGGUGACUUUAACUUCCGACUCAGCAAAGAUCGUGGCUCAGUUGAUGUCAUUUUGAAAGAAGACCUCGGCUCAGACAUGAGUAGACUUCUGCAGUACGAUCAGCUGGCCAAGGAAAUGAAAGAUGGUUCAGUUUUUAAAGGAUUCAAUGAGGCUGUGAUUCAGUUCCCACCAACAUACAAAUUUGAUACUGGAUGUGACAUCUAUGACAGCACUACCAAGCAAAGAAUACCAUCAUACACAGAUCGUGUUCUAUACAAAAGUCGCCAUAAAGAUGACAUUAAGGUGGUGAAGUAUAGCUGCUGUUCAACGAUUAAAACAUCCGAUCACAGACCGGUGGUGGGAGUGUUUCAGGUUAAACUGAGGCCAGGAAGGGACAACAUUCCCCUUGGUGCUGGCCAGUUCAACAGGGACAUCUACCUGGAAGGGAUCAAGAGGCGGAUUUCUCGAGAACUUCAACGCAAGCAGGCACUGCGAAACCAGAAAAGCAGCGCCUUUUGUACACUCUCCUAGCUUACCAGCCAUUGGUACACAACAGAACUGAUCCAUGUGUGCCAGCUCAAUGGAACUGCUGCAUUAACUUUUAUUUUUUUUAUAAUUUUUCUUUAUAUACUUCAUCCAAGCAAGGUUUAUAUAUUUAAAAAGGUUUCAUGUUAAGAUUCCCAUGUUUACAUUUCAGGACUGAUCAGCCUUACUGCAAAUGCAGCCUUUUGAACUGCAACUCUAAGUCUUAGGGCAAAAUCUGUCCGAUUGUUUUUAAGCACUACGUCUUUGGAUUUCCUCCAGUGACGAGCAUUCCUGGCAGUGGACCUUGGCCUGUUUCUAAUUCGUUUCACUUGAAUGUCACUAGUGGUGUUCGCUGCAAUGGGUGCUCUCUGAACAGGACUCAGGGUAUAAGAAAAAUCCUCUCUCAGACAACCUAAUUUCGUAAUAUUUUUUUUUUUGUGAAUCUGUCCAUUUUAAAACUACUGGUUAAUGUAGCAUGCUUGUUCUAAGAUUUUAUUUUUCCAGUUGUCAGUUCACAUAUGUAAUCAAAGCCACUUAAUUCUUAUCAAGUACACAGUAACUAUUAUAGGGAACUCACCAUGAUCGGAUUUGUACUCUACAGUUUGCUCCAUCACAAGUGGUGGUAUACGUGUAAAUGUACGUUUUGUGACACGCGCUCAACUCGGUUUUCUGUAAAUGUGUUCUGUCUCGCUGCACAACACACACCAGGGCUCUAGUCCACAGUACACAGCAGAACCUCGCUGUGCCACCACAACUACCACGAGAAGAAAAGGUAAAGAGUCACUGGCAUUAGUCUGGAAAAACACAAGAUUUGGAGUUAAGAAAAAACAAAUUGUUAAAUUAAAUAUCAAUAACAAUAAUGUUAGCUGAUUAGAGAAUACUGUCACAUAAAACAACGGAAUGAAGAGAAACAUCUACGGUGUCAAUAAUAAUUUAGCGCAGUGUCUUGUUCGCCCAUUUCUACAGAGCUGCAAACCUGCUCAGCCUCACACAUUAAGGCCCUUAGUAAUGCUGUGUACAGGUCUGUUAUACACACACACACACACUAAUAUCAUUUAUUCAGUGUUACAGUGUUAAUGUAUGGGCCAAAUGGGAACAGAAUUAUAUCUGACAUCAAAUAUUUCUAAGCACUUUUAAAAUAAAUAUACCAAAUUUUGUAAAUAUGGUGAAGAGGAUUUUUAACAUUUGCAUUUUAAAUGUGCCAUGAAUCUAUUUCAGUGAUAGUUUAGAGGGUAUUUAGUUUGUCUCUAUUUAUUUAUUUAUCAAGUUUCUAGAAGAAACAAACACUCUAGAAGGUAACGCUACACUGAAAGAAACAUGACUAAAAAUAAAUAAAACAGGACUAAGUUUGAGAAAAUGUAUUUUUAUAACCGCAUAUAGAUUUUUUUUUUUCCACCUCAAUACAUUUCAAAGAGAAACCGUUUCCUUGGUUAAAGAAUUGAUCAUUUUGGUUAGUUAAGCGCUUAAUCAUUCUUGCAAGCUUCAAACGCCAAAUCUCACCCCAUUCCUACCGUACAGUAAGAGCAGAAAUAAAUGAAUAAACCAACUUCAGAUCCCAAUGAAAAUUUGUCACAAGCUAGCAAUGGAAAUGGAGAAGCCCGACAACUUUACUGACGCACUUACAAAUAAGCAACAUGAGCCUCUGUUUAUACUUAAACGAAAUGUUAAUGUUAGAAAGCUCAAGAAUUAAAUGCAGUCCUCAAGCCAGUGUUCUGCGCUGCAGGACACCUUUCCCAGAAGGCACAAGGCCAGUACUGACCAGCCCUGGACAGGUGGUGACACCACAAUUUCCCCCUCUCUGUGCAAUUCUGAAUGGUGACCAUACAACUUCAUAUGCCAUAUAAAUGAACGAUUCCUAAUGCUUAAUGAAUAUCAUGAUCUGUACAUUUUAACUUUAGAUUUAAACAGUUUGUUACAAUACCUUAAAAGGUUUGCAAAUAAAUCGUAAUUAAAAAAUUUGAAGUUUGUAAUAUAUGUGAUCUCAAAAUUUAGAUCAGUUCUAAACUUAAUGUAAAUGUCAUAUUCCUAAUGAACGAAAAGCUUGGACAGGACCCCAGAAUCACAGUACAACUUUAAAAACCUCGAAUCUCUGCAAUGAAAGAAACCCACGUGAACACAACAUGCCAUCUCUGCCCACAGUUUACCUCGACCAGACUUACUAACCUAGGGUUCAGUUUUGUGAGGCACUCACUGCUGAGUAUCCUGAACAUAAUAAAUAUGAUUUGAUAGCUUUCAAUGAUCACGUGGUAAAGCUGUGAUGCACUGCACCAUUGCAAUAGUCCAACUGUGAUGGAGAGGAGGAAAUAAGCAAGUGCAGUCAGGUGCCAACUUAUGGCUCAUUUGGGACGCGUGUCAGUCAGAGGCACCUGCUGCUUGUCACCGGUA